AUGAUUGACUCCGGCGACAAGGCUACUCAACUCGCCGGCACGGUAAUCGCUCUUGCAACUAUCGCAUACGUAGCGCUCGCUCUACGCAUGUAUACAAGAAUUUGCAACAGGUCUUUUGGUGUUGAUGAUUGGAGUAUGGCAGCUGCAGCUGUGAGGCAAUCCACUACACCUCGCUCGCAGAAGAUAGUGCUGACCCUCCAGAUCCCCUUCACUGGGUUGACGGUCGCCUGCAUUGGAGGUGCAUACAACGGUAUUGGUACUCAUCAGGACCGAUUGAGUAAGCUCGAGACAAUGAAGGGCAUGCAAUAUUUCUUUUUCUUCGAAGUGUUCUAUUGCGCGGCCAUCAUUCCGAUCAAACUGAGCAUCUCUUUCAUGCUGGUGCGCAUUGCAUCCAACAGGAUCAAGUACACGUACAGCCUCUACGCCGUCUCGGCGAUGUUCACAGCGAUGAACCUGAUUGCUAUGCUGUACAUAAUCUUCCACUGUCUACCAGUGCAGUACGCCUGGGACACCACAAUCAAAGGCGGGAAGUGCAACCCCGCGCAGACUUUGGCAGACAUCUACUACGCAACAACUGCUGUCAACAUCGCUACAGACUGGUUCUGUGCUCUGCUGCCUAUACCACUACUCUGGAACGUCCAACUAAACCGCAAUGCCAAGCUCUCUGUCGGUAUCAUACUCGGUCUCGGUGCACUAGCCAGUCUAUCGGCCUGCGUCCGUCUCGUCUACACGGUAAACCUUACCCAUUCCAACGAAUUCCUCUACGGCAUCUCCGACGUUGUGCUGUGGGGCUACGCAGAGAACGGCGUCGGCAUGAUCGUCGGAUGCGUCGCGACUCUACGACCUCUGUUCCGCCGCGUAUUCAACCUUGGCGGUGACACAGCACCGAAUAACACCCCGAGUCAGAGUUAUGCAAAGAAAUCGACGAGACCUCGGGGCAACGAUGAGGAGUGGGUUGCGCUGAGUGAUUCGAAGAUGGCAAGUGUGGUGCAGGGGAGGAUAGUGCCGGAUUCGAGCAGUGAGGAAUGCAUCUUGAACGAUGGUGUCAAGGUUACCAGCACGGUAGAACAGGAUGUUGAAGUUAAGAGCAAGUGGGAGGAUUGAGCUCGUGUCUUGGUCACUGCCUAUGGUACCACCACUUGUUGUGUAAGCUUCUGACGUGCCUAGAUCAAAAAGGACUGCGUACUAUUGGAAUACGCGUUGAGAUAUGUAACGAAUACUCUACUCUCCAUAUAUCGACCAGCCUCCAGAAGCGCUUUGUCAGUAAAGUCUAUGUGCCAAAUACAGCGUCUCGUGUGAAGCUGUUCAGAGCUCGCUGACACUCUCCAUCG